AUGCUCACAAUAUUAAUAUUUGGCUUAGUGUUUGUGCACAACAAUCUCAGCAGAAAAGACCCCAGGGACUACAAAUGUCAUGUGGAAAAUGCCUCAGAAAUAUCUGGCAGCAUAAGAAGCCUGAACAUCUUCCUGCAAGCCCCUGGGAUAGCAGCAACCAAGGGGAAGUUAAGCAGAAUCCAAAAAGUCAUUACUCUGGAAUGCUUUAGUCUUCAAAGCCCCGUGCAAGUGCAUCUGCUGUAUUUGGAGAAGAUGCAUGGAGAUUUGGCAAACCAGACACUAGAGAAACGUACCCUGCAGAGCCUGAAAGUCGUCACCAGUGCAGACAGGAAGCCUGCUAUCAGCCACACCUGUGUUUUACUAACACGCCACAGAAAAAAGUUUCAGAGAAAAUUUAUUCUUAGAGAAAAAGUGUUUCUAGCAGGGAUAUCCAAUUGUGUCAUCACAGCAAAGCUGCCCAAGCUGAAAGUUUUUGCAGAGGGUUUGACUGUCCCACAUGUGCACCAAGAAAACCAGACUUCAGAGAAGGGAAUUCCAUCCAUAAAUGACAAAGAUAUGCUGAACAGACAAAAACUAAGUAUCGUCAUUAAAGUGUUCAUCGCUUGCAUCCUGUUAGCCUUUGCACUACCCUGUAUCGUGUUUGUUAUAUAUGAAAUUCCCUGCCUGGACGCUCUGGGAGGAUCUCAUCUGCGAGGGCUGCGUGAGAGACGUCUUCAGGGAAAGAAUACCCUUUUUGGACAUACUGGUUGGGGCAAGGCUUACGCUACGGGCUUUUAG